AAUUUUAAGAAAACUUUCAUACGUUGAGCAGAAUAUUGGCACUUUGUCUAACCAAAACACUUUAUAAGGCAGUUAAAUUAUCCAAAGUCCCCACACAACUAACAUUUGGAAACAAAACCAGAGGACAAAGAGGAACAAAAACCAUGAAGAACUCUAUCUUGGGAAAAUCACUUCUGGCAUUGCUGAUCUUUGCCCCUCUUACUUACUGCUUGGAUGCAAGAUUACAAGGUUGCCAGCCGAGUGGCAAAAUCCGAGGCAUAAAGCCACCUCCGGGGCAGUGUAAUCCUGAAAAUGACUCAGAUUGUUGCAAACAAGGCAAGAUGUACACCACUUACAAAUGUUCACCUCCUGUGACCGGUAAUACUAAGGCUGUUUUAACCCUAAAUAGCUUCCAAAAGGGUGGAGAUGGUGGUGGACCAUCAGAGUGUGAUAACCAAUACCAUUCUGAUGAUACUCCAGUUGUUGCCCUUUCAACUGGAUGGUAUAGUGGAGGAGAUCGGUGUCUUAACUAUAUCACUGUAAGUGCUAAUGGAAGAAGUGUGAAGGCUAAAGUUGUAGACGAGUGUGACUCUACCAUGGGAUGUGAUGAUGAGCAUGAUUAUCAGCCUCCAUGCCCGAAUAACAUUGUUGAUGCCUCUAAAGCAGUGUGGGAAGCCUUGGGUAUACCUGAAGGUGACUGGGGCGAUUAUGACAUUACAUGGUCUGAUUCUUAACUACAGGCUUGCCAGCCGAGUGGAAAAAUUAGAGGCAUAAAGCCACCUCCAGGACAAUGUAACCCCGAAAAUGAUUCAGAUUGUUGCAAACAAGGCAAAAUGUACACCACUUACAAAUGUUCGCCUUCUGUAACGGGUAAUACAAAGGCUAUUUUAACCCUUAAUAGCUUCCAAGCGGGAGGAGAUGGCGGUGGACCAUCGGAAUGUGAUAACCAAUACCACUCUGAUGAUACUCCAGUUGUCGCCCUUUCAACCGGAUGGUAUAGUGGAGGUGACAGGUGCCUUAACUACAUCACCGUAAGUGGUAAUGGAAGAAGCGUGAAGGCUAAAGUUGUAGACGAGUGUGACUCUACCAUGGGAUGUGAUGAUGAGCAUGAUUAUCAACCUCCAUGCCCGAAUAACAUUGUCGAUGCCUCUAAAGCAGUGUGGGAAGCCUUGGGUAUUCCAGAAGGUGACUGGGGCGAGUAUGACAUAACAUGGUCUGAUGCCUAGUGCAUCAAUAUCGUAUUAUAGUAUUAUUU